AAAAAAGGGAAAGGCAAAAGGGGCAAGGCUUCCCCUUUAUACUCUUUCGUCUUCUCCAAUUCCGAGGAUUCUUUCGAUUUUCCUCGAUUCGUCUCGGUCUUCUCCUCCAAUCGCUCUGCCCUAAUCCGUUUCUCACAAGAAUAUCCAUCUUGACGGGUGAGUGGUUUCAAAGCUUUAGCAAUGUCUUCAUCGUAUCUACCAGCCACUACCGAUUCGAUUGCCCAAGCUUUAGAAGCCAAGGCUCCAUCUGAAGCCAUAUCUAUUCUCUAUAGAAUUCUUGAAAACCCAUCAUCAUCUUCUGAUGCUCUGCGGAUAAAGGAACAGGCGAUCACAAAUCUUUCAGAUCUUCUCAGGCAAGAAAAUCGGGCUGAGGAUCUCAGGAACCUUCUAACCCAACUGAGGCCUUUCUUUAACUUGAUUCCCAAGGCAAAAACUGCAAAAAUUGUUCGUGGAAUUAUUGACACAGUAGCGAAGAUACCAGGCACAGCCGUACUUCAGAUUUCUCUUUGCAAAGAAAUGGUCCAGUGGACUCGUGAUGAGAAACGAACUUUCCUUCGACAACGAGUGGAGGCCAGGCUUGCAGCUCUUUUGAUGGAGAGCAAGGAGUACUCAGAAGCACUAAACCUUCUUUCAGGUUUGGUCAAGGAAGUUAGAAGACUUGACGACAAGCUUCUGCUUGUAGACAUUGACUUGCUGGAGAGUAAGCUUCAUUUUUCUUUGAGGAAUCUCCCAAAGGCAAAAGCUGCCCUCACAGCUGCUAGAACAGCAGCUAAUGCCAUAUAUGUUCCCCCAGCUCAGCAGGGAACUAUUGAUUUGCAGAGCGGGAUCCUUCAUGCUGAGGAAAAAGAUUACAAAACUGCCUACAGCUAUUUUUUCGAAGCCUUUGAAGCAUUCAAUGCUUUGGAAGAUAAUAGGGCUGUAUAUAGCCUUAAAUAUAUGCUGCUAUGCAAAAUAAUGGUGAACCAAGCUGAUGAUGUUGCAGGAGUAAUAUCAUCGAAGGCAGGUUUGCAGUAUGUUGGGCCCGAGCUGGAUGCCAUGAAAGCCGUGGCUGAUGCAUACUCAAAACGAUCGUUGAAGCUUUUCGAGACUGCUCUUGGGGAUUUCAAGGCUCAGCUGGAAGAAGACCCUAUUGUUCAUAGACACCUCUCGUCGCUCUAUGACACGCUGCUGGAGCAGAAUCUUUGCAGGCUGAUAGAGCCUUUCUCUAAAGUAGAGAUUGGGCAUAUCGCUGAGCUGAUCGAGCUACCCAUCGAUAAUGUAGAGAAGAAGUUGUCUCAAAUGAUUUUGGACAAAAAGUUUGCAGGGACUUUGGACCAAGGUGCUGGAUGCUUGGUAAUUUUUGAGGAUGGCAAGACUGAUGCCAUAUACCCAGCCACGUUGGAAACUCUAACCAACAUUGGCAAGGUAGUGGAUAGUCUCUACGUGAGAUCGGCCAAGAUAAUGGCGUGAUAUAUCUACAUUCUCUUUGGUCCAACAUCUUUGUGGAAAUGCAUGCAAUUGUCAAACUUAUGGUUAUUUUUUGUUGGUUUUAGAAAUUAUCCGACAUGAUUAGGGAAUCACCGUGAGCAUUUUCAGACUUUUUUUUAAUUAAGAAAUUAAUGCUUCCAUACAUUUUGCGCUGGACAUUUAUUUGUUUCUUCCUCUUUUCUAAUCUAUCCAAUGAUUGAUUUCUGAA